CCAAGCGGGACUGGCGAGCAAGCGCGAGGGGAGCGAGAGCAGAGGCGGGCGUCGCUAUGGCAACGGCGAGCGGCCGCGGAGUUGCCAGAGGGAGCUGGGGCGGACGUCCCUGGGUUCCCGUGUUCCCGGCAGAGUCGAGAAGAAUAGAAGGAAUGUGAUAUGAUGUGAUGAUAGAAUUUGUGAUAGCCAGGCAGCAACUUCUGAUGCGGCAUGUUAAAACAUAAGGGUCACUCAUCUAAGAAAGAUAACUUGGCAAUGAAUGCAGUUGCUUUGCAAGAUCACAUUUUACAUGAUCUUCACCUUCGAAAUCUUUCACUCGCAGAUCAUUCUAAGACACGAGUACAAAAGAAAGAGAGCACAUCUCUAAAAAGAGACGCAAAGGCAAGAGUAGAUACUGGACUUAAAAAAACUGCACAGUGCCCCAAACUAGAAGAUUCAGAAAAAGAAUAUGUUCUUGAUCCCAAACCGCCACCGCUGACUCUGGCACAGAAGUUGGGCCUCAUUGGGCCUCCACCACCUCCGCUGUCAUCAGAUGAGUGGGAGAAGGUGAAACAGCGGUCCCUCCUGCAAGGGGACUCCGUGCAGCCGUGCCCCAUCUGUAAAGAAGAUUUCGAGCUUCGUCCCCAGGUGCUGCUUUCAUGUUCCCAUGUGUUCCACAGAGCAUGUCUUCAGGCUUUUGAAAAGUUCACAAAUAAGAAAACCUGUCCUCUCUGUAGAAAGAACCAGUAUCAAACCCGAGUGAUACAUGACGGGGCCCGCCUGUUCAGAAUAAAGUGUGCAACCAGAAUCCAAGCCUGCUGGAGAGGACACGUCGUUAGAAAGUGGUACCAAAACCUGAGGAAAACAGUACCUCCCACAGAUGCCAAGUUAAGAAAAAAAUUCUUUGAAAAAAAGUUCCCAUUCCUUGUCCCCAUACAAAAUGGACAGUUCUACCCAUCAGCCUGUAGCUUCAGGCAAACAGCGGCAUCUCCAAGGCUGCCAUAGGAGAGCCAUCACUUCUUCCUGGCAGUGUUGGCCUGAGAAGAGCCAUGUCAUUUAUAACAGCCUAGCACACCAUGGGUGCUGGAAAUUCUGUGUUUCUUAUCAGUAUUAACUCAUUUCCUAGAGUAUGGAAGUGAGUUACUGUGUGUUUGGCCAGUUUGUUCUUCCAGAGAGCCAUGUCUCAUCUUCAGAGUUCGCUCAUCUCGGGUGUUGAUUCUCAGUUUGGUAAAGGACCACCGUGCAUGAUUGCUUCAUCCUGCCUUUACAUUCUUUCCAGUUUCUUAUCUUCAGUCGCUGACAGUCAGUCUUGUUCUCUGAGCAACUCUUGGUAAUUUCUAAUGUUAUAAUAUGUUGUUUCUUUGAUCAGAAGUUUGUUGUCACCUCUUAUAAAAUUUUAAUUACAGAUUUGAUAGUCAUUUUACCUUAUGUAUAUAAAUACUUUUCAUGUGCCCACAUCAUCUUAUAAUAACUUUUGAAGCGAAAGGCCCACUGAGAGUGUAGGUAGUCUCGGCCCACUGAGAACUGGCCCAGAUUGCUGGAAACAAGCAAAGUGACUGUUACCAUGUGCCUUGUGCUAGCUGUAGAGUAGCCAGUGAAGGGUACAUUUCAGGCUCAGUGCUCAGGUGUUCAGACACCACAGCCUUCAGCUUCAUGGAAAAAGGAAAAGAAAAAUAAGAAAAAGCAAGUGACCAGGAGCAAUCAGGGCUGGGAGACCUGAUCAGGCAGGCUCCUAUUUCUAAUUCAGUCUGUUCUGUAGACAAGGCAGAUCCAUAGCUCUGUCCCACCCGACAUCUGGUCCGCAGCUCUGGGGCCAUCCCACCUCCCCAAAAGUCCUGUUUUAAUCCCUGGUUCAUCUCGUCUGCUGCCCCCUCAUCCUGAGCCCUCCUCACUCUGCACACCCUCCUCUGACCCCUGCGUCUGCUCUUCUGAGCACACUCACACUCCGCCUGCACGUCCUGCUGGCGUUCCUACUGGUUCCCUCUGCCUUGCUUAAAAUGUGCCGGGUUUCCAAAGCCUAGUUUAAGCUUUCUUCCAAUUUCUUUGGUCUUCUCUAAACCUUUAUUGUAUGUUUAAACAAUGCCAUUCAAGAGAUCAAGAAGAAGAGAAGUAUGAAUGAUAUUCUAGCUUAUAUAUUACAAAUGUAAUUUUUCCUUUGUGGCUUUUGAAGAUGAUCUCAGAAGAUUUAAAUAGCAAGUUCACUUAAGUUGAAUAUCUAUGAGGAAACUGAGAAGCAAAACUG